AUGAAAGAAAUGAUGAAAACAUUGGAAGAAAAGGCAGUAUUUGUUCGACGACUACAGAGCAGUGAAAUCCCAUAUCAUUCACAAUAUCUCAUAUCCAGUGCACAGCCUAUGACUGACGCCAUCAAGAAAUACAUACCUAAUCCUAAACUUCGGUCCAGGAAAUGGUUGUCCACAUCAGUAGUGUCAACAGAUAUCAAUGAAUCACUCAAAUAUGCAUCGGCCGAGUAUUUUACAUACAAUCUCCUUAACCCGGUUAAUUUCUAUGAAAAACUACUCGAACUGCCCAAAGAUGCCGUAGUCCUUGAAUUGGGUCCGCAUUCAGUGUUCAAGAAAGUGGUGACCGAAACACUGGACAACUCGUCGUACGUAUCGCUCAUUAAAAAGGACUCAAACGAUACAAAUCUGGAUAUUGCGGUCACUGAAACACUCGACAAAUCUUCCUAUGUAUCGCUCAUUAAAAAGGACUCAAACGAUACAAAUCUGGAUAUGUUUUUGUCCGGAUUGGCAACACUUUACGAAUUGGGUUACAAUCUGUCGAUCGAUAAACUCUACCCACGGGUAGAGUGGCCGGUGCCGAGGGGUACGCCGUCUAUUGGAUCACUCAUUAAAUGGGAUCACAGCGUGGAGUUAACCAAGAAAAUAUACCCUGAUAAAUAUUGCAGAUCUAAUGCCGCCGAUAUGAAUAUUAUCGUAAAUUGCUCGUCAAAAGAGGACGAAUUUUACCUGGAUCACUGUGUGGAUGGGAAUGCCAUAUUACCGGGUCAGGCUUAUCUAGUGAUGGCUUGGCGCAAGUUAGCCGCCACCCUGGGCAAAGUUUGGCAUAAAGUGCCCGUUGUUUUCGAAAAUAUCCAAUUUAAACGUGCCGUACAUUUAUCCCGGGCAAACAAUGUUAAACUCACUGUUAAAUACUAUUCCCAAACCGAUGAUUUCUCUGUAUACGAAAACGACAACCUGUGUUGUGUGGGCAAAAUCAGGGCACCGGGCGAUGACGUACUCAUAUCGCAGCACAUGAUAUACGAGAACGAGGGAAAGUUAUCGGACUGCGAGUACACACUGGAAAGGGAUGAUAUCUAUAAGGAGUUGCGUAUUAAAGGUCUCGAUUACGGGUCGGAGUUUACGCGACUCCUAAAGUUUGGCACAAAUGAUUUCACCGAUGUUUACGGUGUGAACGAGUGGACGGGCAAUAUUAUCACAUACCUGGACGCCAUCACACAGUUGCCAAUGUUGAGACUACCGUUCCGUAAGAUGGUGGUGCCGAUCAUGAUUCGCGAGAUCCGGAUCGACCCCCGGGUGCUAUUUGACGCCAUUAAGCGUAAUAAAAUCGACGAUACAGUCACCCAGACCCCAGAUAAUGAUGUUCUACGGGAUGCUGAGGUCAAGUUAGAUAAAUUUAUCAAAAUAGACCCUGUUGCUGAUAUAGUGGACAGGGAUGACACUGGUGAAUUGGGUGGAAUCGCCUAUCACGAUAGCAAGGAUAAGGAACACCACCGGGAAAGGUUUGCCCACUACUGGGCUAAUAUGCCCAUGUAUUUCAGUGAGGAUACCAGGGUUACGGUGACCCAUGGGGUAGAGAUGGGGGAUAUGGUGUGUGUGCCCAUCACUAGACGUGCGGACACAACGGACUUAGUGUUAGACUCGUAUGAGUUCUGCGCCAACGAUGACAUACAUGCCAUCGAUGAGACCAUAGCCGCCAAUACUCGUCAAUAUUUAGAGGUUUGCAAAGCAAUGGCCGUUAAAGUGAAACAAAUGGGUUUCAAACAAAUGAAAUGCGAUUUCAAUUAUCAGUCGAUUAGCGAUGAAGUGAUAGAAGAGUACAGAAAUGCAAACAAUGAAAAUCAUUCCAAACAUGAUGUUAGCGAUCAAUACAAAGACAAUGCGAGGGAAUGGGAUGUCAAGAGUCCUCUAUCAGUAAAAUCGUCACAAUUGGUGAUAAUGAGAGACACACCGGACUUAUGGCCAAUAGAUUUGCAGACAUUUAUACAGGAUUUGUGUGACUCUAUUACCGACAAUGGAUUCCUAUUAACUGUCUUCCGCUACAAGUUUACGGAACCGGAACUCGCGUUCAAUUCACUGAACGGAAAGGCGGUUCUCAAUAAUACAGACCUCGAGAGUCGUAUCGAAAAAUGUAUCAAAUUAUGUAAUGAACUAAAUCUGAGAAAAGUUUGCGCUAAAUAUGAUGACAUAGGAACUAAAUGGUUUGAAGUAUUGCAACAAAAAAUGAUUGCCGCUAAGGAUGCGGACAAUAAGACUGAUAACGUAUGGCUUAUAGCUAACGACUCGUGUAUUAAUGAGCCGGGUGGUGAUACUGUUAAAUAUAUAUUCAAUUACGACAGCACUGGUAGUCCAAUGGAUAUAGACUUCAAUGUCAGCCCUUAUAGCGAUAUAUUGGCCAACGAUUUGGUGGCGAAUGUCGUGAAAGAGGGAAAAGUGGGAACUUAUCGACACUUAAGACUUCCCACGGAUUACGACAAAUGCCUCUCAAAUGACUACUAUUUAAAUGCCGGACAAAUUAAAGAUUUAUCAGGCUUACAGUGGUUUGAUAGUAGAAACAUAGCCAUGGUUAAAAGUCAGUACGAUGCCAAUAAUAACAAAUUAAAUAAAACAAGAGUAGAAAUAUAUUGCGCCGGUAUUACUUUCCACGACGUUAUGACUGCAACAGGUCGUAUACCUCAUGGCCCAGAAAUCUUGUUCACAGACUGUACGCUAGGCUGUGAAUAUGCGGGCCGUAGAGCUGAUACUGGGGAACGGGUGAUGGGUAUGGAUAUGGGCCGUACGUACGCCACAUCAUUGAAUGCUAACAUUCAUAGCAUGACUACAGUUCCCGAUCANAAUAUCAUCGUAAAUUGCUCGUCAAAAGAGGACGAAUUUUACCUGGAUCACUGUGUGGAUGGGAAUGCCAUACUGCCGGGACAGGCUUAUCUAGUGAUGGCAUGGCGCAAGUUAGCCGCUACCCUGGGCAAAGUUUGGCAUAAAGUGCCCGUUGUUUUCGAAAAUAUCCAAUUUAAACGUGCCGUACAUUUAUCCCGGGCAAACAAUGUUAAACUCACUGUUAAAUACUAUUCCCAAACCGAUGAUUUCUCUGUAUACGAGAACGAAAACCUGUGUUGUGUGGGCAAAAUCAGGGCACCGGGCGAUGACGUACUCAUAUCGCAGCACAUGAUUUACGAGAACGAGGGAAAGUUAUCAGAUUGCGAGUACACACUGGAAAGGGAUGACAUCUAUAAGGAGUUACGUAUUAAAGGUCUCGAUUACGGGCCGGAGUUUACGCGACUCCUAAAGUUUGGCACAAAUGAUUUCACCGAUGUUUACGGUGUGAACGAGUGGACGGGCAAUAUUAUCACAUACCUGGACGCCAUCACACAGUUGCCA